AUACCUAACAAGGGACCGAGAACACCGUCCACUUUACUCCUACACAAGGGGAUGUCGAUCUUUGACGAAAUUUGAUUUGGCGAAUGUCAGUGUGAAUGCUAACACUAAAGGGAUUGUGAAAAUAAGGAGAGAUAACAUUAGCAACAGUCUGUCACAGGUGGUUUUCUAGCGGAUCAUACAACAUAAUGUUUCCUCAAGGAAAUACUUAUAAAACGUAUGUUUAAAAAAUCCAAGUGAAAAUCAGUGCAAAUAAUGAAAGCGGAGGAUAGAGAGUCCGUCAUUUCGAAUGAGGAGAAAAAAUGUGUGAAAAAGAAUCCAGAAAAAGAAUCAUGUUAUACUUUGGAAACUGACCUUCUCCCUUUCAAACUAUUUUACUUCUCCUUUUAUGGAGCUCUUGGAGCGGUUUUUCCGUUUAUGUCGCUUUAUCUGAAGCAAUUAGGGUUAAGUCCAAGAGAAAUCGGAAUCUUGGCUGGAGUGAGGCCGAUCUUGGGAUUCUGUAGCGGUCCUUUAUGGGGAUCAUUCGCCGAUAGAUGGCGUAUGCGGAGAUGCCUUCUUGUGGCCAGUACAUUAGGAUGGGUCGCAUUUAUAAUGGGAAUAGGGUUCGUUACCCCUCCCCGUAUAUCCGAGGAAAAAUGUCGAGACGUUGGACUAAAUAUUUCUGAAUUAGAUAAUGCGUCUGUUCCAUUAAACCUUAAUGUGACAAUAGAAGAGGCUUCGGCAAUUAAUUCUGCAGAACUUUUGGAAAGUAGAGGCUGGAUGUUUAACUCGGAGGAUCUUCAAAGAGUUUUCUUUAUUGUCUUUGGGUUGGUGAUCUUGGGAGAACUGGUUCAAUCCCCCACUUCGUCUCUUGCGGACUCGGGUUGUCUUGAACACCUUGGAAGCGAGAACAUGAACAAGUAUGGCUUCCAGAGAAGCUGGGGAUCACUAGGGUUUGGAGCGCUUUCCAUUAGCGCUGGAGGAGUCGUUGCUCUGACGAGAUACAAGGUUGAGGUCUGUGGAUUCAGCAUCCAGAUGAGUGACUACAGAAUAUGUUUCUACUUUUUUGCUGGUUGCAUGGUUUUCACUUUCAUUGCUGCGCUGUUGUAUAAAUUUCCGAAACAACAAGAAGAAAAAUCCAACGGAAAACCCAUUCCAGCUGUGAUGGGGACUUUUAAGCUAUUCUGCUCUAUACAUUACGCCUCCUGGUUAUUUGUUGCAUUCUUCAUGGGUGUAUCCAACGGUCUGAUAUGGGGCUUUUUAUACUGGCACUUGGAAAAUAUAGGGGCCACCCAAUUCUUGGUAGGCAUUGGAUCCGUGAUAAGCUGUACCUCAGAGGCGGUGAUGUUUUUAGUUAUAUUCUACGUUUUUAGACAUAUAUCAUACUCGACCUUUAUGGUAUUAGGACUGCUGGGAUAUGUUUGUAGAUUCUGUGUGUUUGCAUCCGUCACAAAUCCUUGGCUAGUCCUACCAGUAGAAAUAUUUCAAGGUUGCACAUAUGCUGGGGUAUGGAGUGCCCUGACGGCCUAUAUGUGUUCUGCAGUACCUCAAGAAAACUUGGCCACUAUGCAGGGGAUCCUCCAUGGGGUCUAUUGGGGUUUGGGGUCCGGAUGCGGAAGUUUAAUUGGCGGAAUUCUGGUCCAAAGACUUGGUGCUCAAAUGACUUUCUGGAUAUUUGCUGGAGCUUCUGGUUUUCAUCUGAUCUUUUUUGUCAUUGUGCAAAAAUUCAGUAAAGGCGGUCCGAUUGCAAAGGAAGAGUAUGAAGAAAUUGUGAGCUACAAUCCACAGAAACAGAAUGGUGCAAUAGAUUAUGACAAACUGUCGUAUCAUUGACAUUUUCCUUGUGUAUACUUGAUAUUGUCAGUGUCAGAAGGUUCCCUAGAGAUAAUGACUCUGUGACAAUGGAUUUUAAUGACAAAGUGUUGUGUCGUGAUUAUGUACAAUUUCAGCAAAAACUAUAUUUUCAUUGCCAAUAUGUUAUUAAAAAUAAUGUGAAGAAAUAUCAAAAUGUAUACUUUUUAAAACUAACGAUCAACUUCUAUGAAAACAAUAGAUUUUUAUUCCGGUAUUAACUAAAUUAAAGCACUAAAGAAACAAGCUUAAGCUCAUUUAUGUAAUAAAAAUAUAC